AAUCCAUGAAGAAAUGGGCCAAACAAUCAUCUCAGCCCGCGCCAGUGAUACGAUUUCAGUAAUUAAAUCAAUAUUUGCGCGUGUCAUACAGCCCGGAUUAAUUUGCUAAGCAGCAAGUUCAGGUCGUCCCCGCUUGUGGCCGCUCCUUCCUGCUGACAAAUUAAGAGUCGCGCCUUCCCACUCAUUGCCAAAUCGUGGUUCCCCACAGCCAAUCAGGUGACUUGCGACGUCGAACGACAAAUUCGAGAAUCCCAAGAACACAACUUCAUAACUUCACAGCCCAUAUCAUUGUCUCAUGGUAAUCUCGGGCGCCUAAUAUUACCCGUGCUAAAGAAUGGCAACGAGGUUGGAGGCCACUGCCGUGGCACCCGCGACUGCUGUUGCGGCCGCAAUCAAUGACGGCAAGACGCAUCUUCUCCUGGCAGCAAGUGGCUCCGUAGCAACAGUGAAGCUGCCAUCCAUAAUCAAUGCGCUAAAAGACUAUCCAAACCUAUCAAUCCGCAUCAUCCUCACCAAAGCCGCCGCCCACUUCCUCGGCGGCCAGUCCUCUGAGCAGCCCACAAUAGCCGCGCUAGCUGCGCUCCCAAAUGUCGAUGCCGUUCACCAAGAUGAGGAUGAAUGGGUGGCACCUUGGACGAGAGGUGCCGAAAUACUACAUAUCGAGUUACGGCGCUGGGCACACCUCCUCGUCAUCGCCCCAAUGUCGGCGAAUCUACUUGCCAAGAUCACGGGGGGGCUUUGUGACGACCUCCUGACGAAUACCAUCCGUGCCUGGGAUGUGGCAUCAUCGGAUCAAAAAGCAGCUUCUAUCCUUGUUGCGCCGGCAAUGAACGAUAGAAUGUUUACUCAUCCCUUGACAGCGACACAGCUUUCAAUCUUGGAAGGCUGGCCGUGGUUUGAGAUUCUACCGGCGCAGGUGAAGCUGCUCGCCUGUGGCGAUCUGGGACAGGGUGGCAUGUGUGAUUGGAACGAAAUUGUUCGUGUGAUUGAGACACGACUGGCGGCGACUGACAUAAGUCAAGCAAAAGGGGAAACAUGAUCAAAUGAGAAGGUCAAGGUGCUUUCCAAUAUUCAUUCAUAACGGCGUUACGUAGAUAUUUGUACUAUACGCUCUAAAUUGUCGUGAAUAAAUUGCACAUCUGGUUGUCCAACGUCGUUGUGCGAGGAACAGACCAGUCCUUGAUACCGAC